AUGGCUAGAGGAGGGGCAACCAAGAAGAACAGUAAUAUGUUCAGGUUCUACAUCAGUUUUGUGCAGUCUAAGAUCUGGGAAAUUGGAGCAAUCGUCUUGUACGUCUUUGAUUACUGCUCUAAUGCCAGUGAGCUCACCACCUACAGCCGCAAUCUGGGGCACAGAAGUUACCGGUUGGGCGUUGUGUUGCUUUCUGCUAGGCUGGAGGAUCCACACUGUAAACUGGAGAAACUGAGGAUGAGUCGGUGUUCUCUGACAGAAACAUGUUGUUACACUUUGGGCUCAGUUCUCGGCUCAAACUCCUCUCCCCUGAGAGAGCUGGACGUAAGUAACAAUGAUCUACAGGAUUCUGGAAUGAAGAUGCUCUCUGCUGGACUGGGAAAUCCACACUGUAAACUGGAGAUACUGAGUCUGCCAUUCUGCAGCUUCACAGAGGAAGGCUGUGCUUCUCUGGCUUCUGCUCUGAGGUCUAACCCUUCCCAUUUGAGAGAGGUGGACCUGAGCUUCAAUCACCUAGGAGACUCAGGAGUGAAGCUGCUCUCUGCUAGACUGGCAGAUCCAUACUGUAGACUGGAUAAACUCAAUUUGAACCAAAAUGAAGAGUUGUGGUUUAAACCGGAGCUGCUUAAGAAGUAUGCCACUGAAGUCACUCUGGACCCAAACACACAAAACCAAUUUUUCUCACUGAUUGAGGAAAACAGAAAGCUAACAUGGGUGGAUGAAGAACAGACAUAUUCUGAUAACCCACAGAGAUUUGAGGAAAUGCCACAGGUGCUGUGUAGAGUGCCUCUGACCAAACGGCAUUACUGGGAGGCAGAUUUGAUUGGGAAUUGUGACAUAGUGGCAUAUAAAUGUAUUAGCAGGUGGGGAAAGGCAACAGAUUGUAAGCUGGGAGCCAAUGACAGGUCUUGGUGUAUGUUCUUUGAAGAAAAGAACCGUUACCUUGCCCGCCACAAUAAUAAAGAGAAUCAUAUUCUUUACCCAACCACCAGACCUGAUCCCCAAAGAGUAGGAGUGUAUCUGGACUGGCCACUCUGUCCUUCUACAGUGUCUCCUCUGACACCAUGACCCGUCUGUACACAUUCCAGGCCAAAUUCACUGAGCCCCUCUACCCAAUUUUUGGGGUAAUGGACACAUUAAUGGACUCAUCCGUGUCCCUUGCGGUUACCAGUAGUCCAGUGCCAGCUGAAAAUCCUGCAUAGUCUUGGAUAAGGUAAAAUUCCUUAUGUUGGAGGGUAUUUUGUUUCACAGCCUUUUCUAUUACAUUUUCAUGACUGAAUUUGAAUGAUGGAAAAGUUGAAUGGGACAUUAUUUUUUCCAUCAUUGACAGUUAGCUUGUAACUUUGGGUUUAAAAUAAAGAACAACUGUUGGUUGUUGCAGUUAUAGAAACGUAAAGAAUGAAAUGGUAAUUCGGUGGUGUAAAGUUAUUUUAUAUGACAGCGACAAGGGUUUUAAUUUGCCUAUGAUUUGGCCAUGUCUGUUUGUAAAUAAAUAUUUGUGUUAUCUCAUAGCAUAUGCACAGUGUAAAGCACUAGGUAACUUUUCUGCAUGUUUGUGAAAAUGCAUAUUAAGAUUUUAUUUUAAUGGAUUAAAAGACACUUGCUUCUA